CGCCUCGGGUGAGUCCUCCCAUCUCGGCCGGCCGUGUAAGCACUCAGCCCAGGCCGAAGCCCUCGGGCUCCUCGCCGCGUGCUUCGAGCCAGCCGCCGCCCCCUGGGGUCAGUCACCUAGGCGGACCUUUUCUUCCGGGGUACUGUUUACGGGGGGGAAAUCACGCGUGGACGAACUCGUCCAAAUUCCCAGGCCUGUGAAUUCCACCAUGGCUGAGCAGCGUCUUCCGGUACCCCGGCUGCGGGGCGUCUCGAGGGAGCAGUUCCUGGAGCAUCUUUAUCCACAGAGAAAGCCUCUCGUGUUGGAAGGACUCGACUUAGGAUCUUGUACAAGCAAAUGGACAGUGGAUUACCUGAGUCAAGUUGGAGGGACGAAAGAAGUGAAAAUUCAUGUUGCUGCAGUUGCACAGAUGGACUUCAUUAGUAAGAACUUUGUCUAUAGAACUUUACCUUUUAACAAGUUGGUCCAGAGAGCAGCUGAAGAAACACAUAAAGAAUUCUUCAUUUCAGAGGAUGAGAAAUACUACUUACGGUCACUUGGAGAAGACCCGAGGAAGGAUGUUGCAGACAUCAGACAGCAGUUUCCAUCAUUAGGAGAAGAUAUUACAUUUCCAAUGUUCUUCAGAGAGGAGCAGUUCUUUUCCAGUGUUUUUCGAAUUAGUUCACCUGGAUUACAGCUCUGGACUCACUAUGAUGUAAUGGAUAACUUUUUAAUACAAGUGACAGGAAAGAAACGAAUUACACUGUUCAAUCCUCGGGAUGCACAAUAUUUAUAUUUAUCAGGUUCUAAGUCAGAAGUGCUGAAUAUCGACAGCCCAGACCUAGAUAAAUACCCACUCUUCCCUAAAGCAAGAAGGUAUGAGUGUUCCCUUGAAGCUGGUGAUGUCCUCUUCAUUCCUGCUUUAUGGUUCCAUAAUGUAGUUUCUGAAGAGUUUGGAGUGGGGGUGAAUAUCUUCUGGAAGCACCUUCCAUCGGAAUGCUAUGAUACAACAGAUACCUAUGGCAACAAAGAUCCUGUAGCGGCAUCCAGAGCUGUGCAGAUCUUGGACAGAGCUUUGAAAAUACUGGCUGAAUUACCAGAGGAAUACAGGGACUUCUAUGCACGCCAAAUGGUCUUACGUAUUCAAGACAAAGCCUACAGCAAGAACUCUGAGUAAAAAAUGAACUAAUGUAAUAAAAUUUAAAAAAUAAAUAAAAAGCAGCUCAAGUAUUUGAAAACUAUAACAAGAUAUAAAAUUUAAAGAUUUUUUUUUAAAAUAGGAAAGAUUUGUCUGAGAUUUAUAGUAUAAAAGAUGCAUAUCUGAUUUCUACUUGGUAUAGAUUGAAAAUGCUUAGCGGGAUCAUUCUUUAGGUCUAAAAUGUAAAUAAAUAAAAUUUGGAGUUAAUAAAAAAUAUUGAAUCAC